AAGACGGCGACCUUGCCUGGUUCAACAUGAUUUCUUCACAUGGCUCGCUGGGGCCACUAUGCUGUCUUCUUUUUCUCUCAGGCCUGAUAGAUUCCAAAUCUUUGCUGGGGGCCAUCAAACAGGAAGGGAUGGUGCCUUUGAGCGAUGUGAGCAUUCACUCUGAGAAAGCCAACGACUUCCUGUCUCACUCGAGGCCAAGGCGUAAUGCGGACCCCAGGUGGUACAGAGGAAACCCAGACUUCCAAGCGUACUACAGAUACUACAGCAGCAUCGGACACACUGAGGGGCUCUAUGAGAUCGACAAGCUCCGGAUGCUCUACCAGCAGAUGAGGUACCUGGAGCAUACAUACGGCCCCAACGCUUCUUAUUUCCAGAGCAAACUGGGCGUACCAAUGAUCAUGUGCGACCCAGUCACAGAUAAAAGGUGCAAGUAUGCUCCUCCACCUCCUCCUCCUCCAAUGAAAGGAAUCCCAAAGCCCACGGAUCAACCAGAAACCCCUCCUUCUCUUCCUCACCCUCCAGCCAUUUCUCAGGCGGACGUUCUUUUCUUGUGCAACAGCAAGGACCCCCUCUGCAAGCCACACAUCGUCUACCUGCCUUCCGGGGCUGUUCCGGUGCUAUGUGACCCUCGUUAUCAUCCUCACUGUACCCCCCAGAAAGCCCCACCGCCCCCUCUGAUGGUCCAUAAGCAUCCUCAUCCAAAGAAGGCUCCCAUGCCUCCACCGGUUCUGGUCAAGAAGUCUCCCCCUCCGGCACCCAUCCGCGUCUUCAAGGGUAUGGAGUACGACUGUGACCCCUACUGGGACCCCGACUGCCUUAUUGACAAUCCUCCAAGACCCAUCAAGGGGAAGAUUAUGGGUCCCCCACCACCACCACCUCCCCCAACCGAAGAGGAAGAAGCAGAGGAGGAACACGUAGAAGAACCGGCACCUCCUUCGUCCAAAGAGAAGAAACACGGCUUCUACCCGUACCCUUACUACCACCCCCACUCCUACGACCCCAGGGACGACCUGUACGACCCGGCCCGCUUCCAGUACCCACAGCCUGAUGAUGCUGCCGACGAGCCCACUGAGGAGAACAAAUGAGGGGUCAUUCAAGUGCCUUCCAUGAACUUUGACUGAAACCUUCAUCUAAUGUCGAAGAAAUGUGCAAAAAGAGAAUUGAGUUGCUGUGAUAAAAACUUACUUACUGUAUUUAUCUUCACAAUGUAAAAAAAAAAGAGCAGUUUUCAGCCAAUGUUUGAGUAAUGAGGCAAUAAAAAGAGAGAAACGUUGUUUUAUUCAGUUAA